GCUGUUACUUCCUCCAUUUGACCCAGAAACAGUCGAUCUGUAACCUCCUCAUCGCUUGUACUCCCAAACACGCCGGCCUCGACCGAAUGUGCGACUUCACAUCCUUUCCUCACCCCGGACUCCAUGCGUUCAGCUAGCGACCCAUUGGACGACAAAGGCCCUCAAUUGUUCGAGGACGGUUGCGCAGCGCACGUUGGGUGUCAACGUCCUGCAACGUAACAACCCCGCAUCAUCUCAUUGUCUCGUCGGUUUCUGUGUCUCGGCUCGCCUGUCUGCGUUUUCUGUAGCGACCCUCGUUUGAGCGCCGCCGCUGCCGGUUCCGUCGUGUGUGGUUGGAAAAAAUAAGAUGGAGCCGGAAAGUUCCAACGGGUUCAAACGGAAUUCCAUCCACGGAAUAUACAGUCGUCCAGUCGAACGGCGCCCGAGCAAGAAGUCUUCCUCCAAGGACCGGCAUGGGAUGGUCUAUCCGGAAAGUUUUAGAGAUACAGGUAUUCGUACAGUGACCCCGGACCCCGAGGCCGGGAACCAUUCUACUUCCUCAGAAGCGGAGCAUCAGGCAUCAAGUGCAGCCCCUUCCCCCCGUGCUGCCGCUCGGGCAAGAGCCUCCGAUCGUGAGGCCCGUCGCGAAUUCUACUCGCGCCAUUCGGCCGGCGACGAAGACGAGCAGCCACCACUGGAAGUGAAGGCACAGCGCGCACGGUCACGGACCACCACCCUGGAUGAUCAGCGCAGUGAAAUUACCAACAGCACUUUUUUCAGAUCCCGAAAUCGGUUGGGUUCUGUCAACACCGCAACCCCCCAACCCAGAACACCCGACGAUCCUACGACAUCGAUUGGGUUUCCAUCCAUACAGUCACCCACUUACUUUAGCCAUAGCCUUGGCCGGCAGCGGUCAAGCAAGCCCCCGGGAAGCUCGAACUUGGUGACGAGCGUAUCGGCCAAUCAAACGCCCUCCCCGCUUGCCAGCACCGAUGCUUCCAAGAUUCUGCAGCUCAUGAAAACAACUUGUGGAAGGAUGCACGGCAUUCUUUCGUUUCGGACUGCAUCUACAACCGCCUGGUCGUCGGGAUAUUGCGCCAUCAAUGUUGCCACGGGAAGCUUAAUAUACCAAGCUAAAGGAGAGCCCGCGUUGGCCAAGACGCUGAUUCCCGAUCUCCGUGGCUGUCAGGUUCGCACCCUAGUCGACCCUGAGACCCGCACCAGCUAUCUCAGCGUGUCGACUUUCACCUCUGGCUUGGGGGUGGAGUUGAAGCCUCAUGUGAGCGAAACAUUUGAUUCCUGGUUGGCAGCGCUGUUAUGCUGGCAGCCGAUCCGACCGAAAGGGGUUCAGAACAAGAUGACGAAACCACAAUCGGUGGUCAUUGGAGACCGUCGCUUGGUUGAUCGGAGGAGAAACUCUGAGAGCACUGUUCAGAAGGAAGCGGCAAUAAUCAAGGUUGGUAAAAUGCUUCUUUGGCAUCGGCCGAGCGUCUCUGGCGUUCGACCGUCAUCAGGGCGUCGUGUGUCCACGUACAGACAGCAAAGGGCACUUUCUGCGUCUUGGACACGAGUAAGCUGCACCUUGCAGGAAAAUGGCGCUUUCAAGCUUUACACGGAAUCAGACAUCACCCUGGUCACUUGCGUUCAAUUAUCACAACUCUCCCGCUGUGCGGUACAGCAGCUGCACUCAUCCGUCUUGGAAGAUGAAUUCUGCAUUGCAAUCUACCCGCAAUAUGCGGUACACUCUGCUUCGGGCUUGACGCGUCCAGUAUAUCUAGCUCUCGAAAGCCGCGUCCUCUUCGAAGUGUGGUUCGUUCUUCUUCGCGCGUUCACUAUUCCGGAGCUCUAUGGCCCUGAGACACCGGUAGAAGAAGAGUCUCCGAAGACUCCGGGAUCAAGCGAAUUCAGCGUCGCUUCAAUCGCGGAUAUGUUCCGGAUUGAGAGAGUCCUGGAUGUAAGAGUUACAGAAGCUAAGCUUUACCGCUGCAGAACCGCGGAAAAGACACCCCGCAGUCGAAAGCAGUCUCGGUCGCAUAGCAACUCGGCCCCGGCCUCUGCAGUGAGCGAUUACUACACCGAGGUUCUACUGGACGGCGAGAUUCGGGCCAAAUCCGCCGUCAAGUACCGUACAGCAAACCCUUUCUGGCGAGAAGAUUUCACCUUUAGUGAUCUUCCCCCUGUUCUCUCACAAGCAUCCAUUCUGGUGAAAACUAUCAACUCAACCCAGAAGGACUGGUCAUUGAUCUCGCAUGGCUCUUAUGCCUUGGGCCACGAUUCGAACCCUCUGCGCUCUUCAGAUGACGUAGAACUCACUUCCCAAGAUGCCACCUUCGGUAGAGUGGAUCUGAGACUGGACGAUUUGCAACCGGGUGUUGAAACCGAAAAAUGGUGGCCAAUCCUGGACGAUAAAGAUCAACCUGUGGGUGAAAUGCUCAUGAGGGCUCGGAUGGAAGAGACUGUUGUACUCAUGUCACAAGAAUACACACCAAUGUCCGAAUUGCUUCAUUCCUUCACCAAUGGCCUCACGAUAAAUAUGGCACAGGUCAUGUCAUCUGAACUCAACCAGCUAUCGGAGGCGCUAUUGAAUAUUUACCAAGUUUCAGGGACGACAGUCGAAUGGAUAUCCGCUCUAGUAGAGGACGAAAUCGACGGGGUGCACAAGGAGUCGACGGUAAGUCGACUACGCUACACAUCGAGGAUCCACUCCAACGACGCAAGAGACUCGGCUCAGGAUCGCGAAGUUCUCGUUAGAGACCUGGGCCGAACUGCGACUGUGGAGGCAAACCUUCUAUUUCGUGGUAAUUCACUCCUGACCAAGGCCCUUGAUUAUCAUAUGCGACGACUCGGAAAGGAAUAUUUAGAGGAGACGAUUGGAGAACGACUUCGCGAGAUUGACGAGACUGACCCAGACUGCGAAGUCGACCCUUCUCGUGUACAUCGUUCCGAUGAUCUCGACCGCAAUUGGAGAAAUUUGAUAGCUCUCAGCAAUGGUGUUUGGAAGUCGAUCGCAGCGUCGCCGUCUAGAUGUCCCGCCGAACUGAGACUCAUUUUUCGCCAUAUCCGGGCAUGCGCGGAGGACCGAUACGGUGACUUUCUUCGGACCGUCACGUACAGCAGUGUUUCCGGGUUCCUGUUCUUGCGGUUUUUCUGCCCGGCAAUCCUGAAUCCGAAGCUCUUUGGUUUGUUGAAAGAUCACCCGCGCCCUCGUGCUCAACGUACCCUGACCCUCAUUGCAAAGGCCUUACAGGGCUUAGCCAACAUGACAACUUUCGGUAGUAAAGAGCCUUGGAUGGAGCCGAUGAAUAAGUUCCUGAACACGAACCGGUCUGAUUUCAAACACUUUGUGGAUGCGAUUUGCGCCAUACCUGCUGAUCGUCCGGCCCCAAUCGUAACUCCCUCUUACGCCACACCCAUCCAGAUUCUGGGCCGCUUACCUCUAACUUCACGCGAGGGCUUUCCUAGUCUUCCCUUCCUAAUUGACCAUGCGCGAAGCUUUGCCAAUCUGAUUAGCAUCUGGCUGGAAUCGGCAUCUGAGAGAUUGAACGAAUUGGAGGAAGUCGAUUCCGCUGUGAGCAAGUUCCAUGAACUGGCGCUCCGGCUCCAUCAGCGAACGAAGGAUUGCAUGAGCCAGGCCGAGCAGGCUGAACGUCCAAGCGGAAGCCUAGAGGUCAAGUGGGAAGAAUUGAUCGAUUCAAUGGAGCGGUCCGCGACCUUUUAUGAAGACAGCUCCAAGCCGACAAGUCCAGCGACGGAAGCGGCCGUGGCGGGAUCUGCCUCAGUAACAGGUAGUCAUCGCAAUUCAAUCGGCUAUUUCACUUCACGGCCGUCCCUUCCGCGUCGGUCAACUGACCAUGCCCCGGAGGGUGAAGAAGACACGCCCCCUAGUUCCUCGUCCGCGACGUGGGACCAGACUCGGGUGCCCUUCACGAUUCCUCGGUGGGCGGAUCCGCGGGAUAGUACCGGCAGCUCAAAGAACUCCUCGACUUAUUCUCUCGAAUAUCAAGAGCCCUCCAGAUCCAGACGCUCCAGCAUCACAAGGGAAACUACAAGUAAAUAUCGUUUCUUUGACUUUGUUCCCGCCACGUCUCGGCGCAAGGCCAAAGACCGAGAUCAAACGCAACAGCAGUCCCGUGAAGAACAACGGAGCGAGACAUGAUUAUCCAGCUCAUGCUUGAGCUGAACAUGAGCGCCCCAACAUAUAUGACAUAUACGCGGACCAGGAUUGGCCCGACUGUUAUAUGAGCUUGGCGAUAAUUGCCUCGCAAAGCAAUGACA